UGGCAGGAGAGGACACACCUCAGCUACCUGCGACUACAAAGACGGAGGAGACUGUCUUGCAUUUUACCUUUGGAUGCUUUUCUCACAGUUUUCCAGUUCGGUUACUGAAUUAUAGAGAAAGAUGAGCACUUUAAACAGACGGAUCCAAGACUACAUGCUGGAGAGGAAAAGGCGGCGGACCAGAUUAGUAACUAAAGAUGGCCGCUGUAACAUUGAGUACGGGAACAUCAAGUACAGCACCCACUUUGCCUUCCUGGUUGACUUCUGGACCACCUUUGUAGAGAUCCGGUGGCGUUUCGUCCUCAUAAUUUUCAUCGCGUCUUUCACUCUCAGCUGGUUUAUCUUCGGCCUGCUGUGGUACUGGAUUGCUCGGAGCAACGGAGAUCUGACAUGGCAAGAGCCCCCUUCAGAUCACAGUGCGUGCGUUGAUAAUGUUGUUGGACUUACCACUGCCUUCCUGUACUCGCUUGAAACCCAGACAACUAUCGGGUAUGGCGGUCGAGCGAUCACUCCUGAAUGCCCCGGCGCCGUGGCCCUUAUCAUCAUCCAGUCCCUUCUUGGAGCAGUUAUAAACUGCUUCAUGUGUGGAAUCAUUCUGUCCAAGAUCUCCUUACCUAAAAAGAGGGCGAAGACCAUCACGUUUAGUGAGAUGGCUGUGAUCAGUCCAAGAAACGGUUCUCUCUGCCUGUCCAUCAGAGUGGCCAACCUUCGCAAGACCCUGAUGAUUGGCAGCCAGAUCUAUGGCAAGCUGCUGAGAACGACAACCACGCCAGAUGGCGAGACAAUCAUCAUGGAUCAAGUGAAUAUUGACUUCAUGGUAGAUGCAGGGAAGGACAACCUCUUCUUUGUUACUCCUCUCACGCUGCAUCACGUCAUUGACAAGAGCAGCCCCUUCUUCGACAUGGCGGUGGACACCCUGCACGAGACAGAGUUUGAGCUUGUGGUUUUUCUAGACGGCACGGCGGAGUCCACAAGCUCUUCCUGCCAGGUGCGCACCUCCUUCAUUCCCCAGGAGAUCAUGUGGGGCUACAGCUUCUUGCCGAUCAUCUCGAGAAGCAAAGAGGGCAAAUACAGAGUCGAUUUCUCCAACUUCUCCAAAGUGGUGCCAGUGGCGACAGCACACUGUGCAUACUGUUACCACAACAUCAAAGGACACCAUCUCCAUUCCAGAGAAGGACAUGACAACCCGGGCUUUGAGGUGAUUGAAAUUGACAAUCCCCCUAACGUCACCAAGAUGUGAAGCACUGACUGGAUUCCUAAAUGACAGUUGCUGGAGGCCCACCUGGAUGACCCAGAGGCACCCAGAUUAACGGCCUCGGAUUUAAACUCGAGGCUGAUAAACCAAUUGAUAUGUUACUCUUUUGUAUCCCCCACAGAUAAGAAAUGUGUGGGUGUCAAGGCACUCAGCUCAUUGUGAGUCUUAUGCGUCUGUAUGUAAAACCACACCUGUCAUUGUCUACUGAUGAAAAACCUGUUUUCAGAUUGGAGGUCAUGUCGUGCUGGCUGAUGAAGCGUAGUUAAUUAACACAAAGCUUCGCUCUCAUUGGUGAAAUUUAAAUGAAGAUAUGUGGACUUUGUUUUGUUUCACCUUUGGCAUUACGCAAGAUCUUUGCGUCUUUCGUUUCAUAUGCUAAACUGUUCAGAUACAGGCACUAGCCACGGGCUGGCCUCCCAGGCCCAUUUGUUAAAACUGUGAAUGGUGUGUUCAUGUUUUCUUCACAAAUGUACAUAUUAUGAGGGAACUUGUCUCUCAGGAAAUGCUGAACUUGGCUGCAUGCAGCAAACUCAAUUAUGUUUGUUAUUGUCUUUUUUAAUAGUUUUUGUUCCCUCAGGGGUAAAUAUUUACACAAAAAUAAACUUUAUUUUUGC